CAAAUCAUGUGUACAGACAAAAACCAGAGAAAGAAAAAGGACAAAAAGAUUGAUAGAGUUGAAGACCACCCGCCCACUCCAAAGAUCCACAGAACGACAGGCCAUUGCGUCUGACUCCUAUCUAAGCCAAUCCAAUAGAAAUUCAAAAACAAAGUUGGCAACGACGAUUCACAUAAGAGAAAGAGAGAGGCGGAGGCAAACAAGCGAAAAUGGAGGGGCAGCCGCAUCCAUACGCACCAACAGAUCUCGAACUGCCUGGCUAUGUUCCUAAUUUCCUCACUCAAUUCACCAUUGUCUCUGUCUAUGGACUCUCCUCCCUUCUUGUCGUUUCUCUCAUCUGGAUCCUCUCUGGAAGGUCUCGUAAAUUAGCCAAAAUUGAUAGAUUGCUCAUGUGCUGGUGGGCUUUCACUGGUCUCACACACUUGAUUCUCGAGGGUUAUUUUGCUUUCUCUCCAGAAUUUUACAAGGACAAGACUGCUCAUUAUCUGGCUGAAGUUUGGAAAGAAUAUAGCAAAGGUGAUUCAAGAUAUGCAGCAAGGGAUGCUGCAACAGUUACUGUUGAAGGAUUGACUGCUGUUCUCGAGGGACCAGCUAGCCUCCUGGCAGUGUAUGCUAUUGCUUCAGGAAAAUCAUACAGCUACAUACUUCAGUUUUCCGUUUCUUUGGGACAGCUCUAUGGAACAGCUGUGUAUUUCCUAACCGCCUACUUAGAAGGUGAUCACUUUGCUGCAAGUUCAUAUCACUAUUAUGUGUACUAUAUCGGUGCAAAUGCCUCCUGGGUUUUAAUACCCUCACUCGUCGCUAUUCGUUGUUGGAACAAGAUUUGCUCAGCAGUCCAAGUUCAGGGCCAGAAAAAGACCAAAAGUCACUGAGAAUACCAAACGCAAUCGAGAAAUCUUCUAUUUUCAAUGCUCCUAGGUACAAAUCUACUGGUUCUCUUUCCCUUUUUGACAAAAAAGAGGAUUGAAAGCAGGGUCUCAACUCCCAAGUGAAAUGGAUGCUGUAAGUGAAUUCCUUGAAAUGGUUUUUGGUACUGCCACUAGUGGGAUUUCCCACUAUUGCUAAAGCGUACUGUGCUUGAUUGUUUAUUGUAUGGACGGGUCUUGUAUUCGUACUGUGGAGUAUCCUUCAUUUUCCAAGGUAUGCUGAUAAUUGCAUUAAUGAACACGGAAAACUUUAUGGAGAAGAGCAAUGUUGUUGCAUCAA